UACUUUUUCCUUUUAUAGUAUUAUCACUGUGAUUGCUUGUUUAUUAGGUGACUUUUGUAGGAUUGUAUUUUACAAAGCACUGCAUUGUGCUCUUAUUAGUAAACAUCAGUCAGUUAGUUAGUAGAUAAGACCACUUGUUGUAAAUGUCCCUGUAUGGAUUUUCCUCCAAACUCCAGAUAUGAUUGGCUUCCACCCUGAGUCUAUUCCCUUAUCUACCUGCUCAUAUACAGUACUUGCUUAAUGACAGCUGGGCUUGCAGUCUCUGUCAUGUUCCUGGGGUUCGCAGUUGCUUUGGUCUAUCAUUGAACACGCUGAGAUGGCAGUCGUAUCAUAGUCUAACUAAGCCAGUGAGCGGCUGGGGACGGUGCGAGGGAGUGACGGACACUCUCCAAAACAGAAGAUGUGUGAAACAGAGGAUGAGAGGAGUGCCCAGGCCGGGCAGCUCUUUGAGAACUUUGUCCAGGCGUCCACGUGUAAGGGCACUAUGCAGGCCUUUAGUAUCUUAUGCAGGCAGAUGGAUCUGGACCCGCUGGACUACAGGAACUUCUACAGCAACCUCAAAGCCACAGUCACCAACUGGAAGGCCAAGGCCCUCUGGACCAAACUGGAUAAGAGAGCCGGCCACAAGGAGUACAAGAAAGCCAAAGCCUGUGAGGGCACUAGGUGUCUGAUCAUCGGAGGGGGGCCCUGUGGCUUGCGUACGGCCAUUGAGCUGGCUCUGCUGGGGGCCAAGGUGGUGGUGAUUGAGAAGAGGGACACCUUUUCCAGGAACAACGUGCUGCAUCUGUGGCCCUACACCAUCCACGACCUCAGGGGCCUCGGGGCCAAGAAGUUCUAUGGCAAAUUCUGUGCUGGAGCCAUAGACCACAUCAGUAUUCGCCAGCUCCAGCUCAUGCUGCUGAAGGUCUCCCUCAUCGUGGGGGUGGAGGUCCAUGUCAACGUGGAGUUUGUCAAACUGCUAGAGCCACCGGAGAACCAGGAGAAUGAAGGGCCUGGAUGGAGAGCUGAGAUCAGACCAGCAAACCACCCCCUUGCUGACUUUGACUUUGACGUGGUGAUCGGUGCAGAUGGACGCAGAAACACGCUAGACGGUUUCGGGAGGAAAGAGUUCCGGGGCAAGCUGGCCAUCGCCAUCACAGCCAACUUCGUCAACAGGAAUACCACAGCCGAGGCCAAGGUGGAGGAGAUCAGCGGAGUGGCCUUCAUCUUCAACCAGAAGUUCUUCCUGGAUCUCAAAGAGGAGACCGGGAUUGAUCUGGAGAACAUUGUGUACUACAGAGACAACACACACUACUUUGUGAUGACCGCAAAGAAGCAGAGUCUGCUGGACAAAGGAGUCAUCAUUCAUGAUUAUAUUGAAACAGAGAAGCUGCUGGGCCGGGACAACGUGAACCAGGAGGCUCUUCUCUCCUACGCCCGCGAGGCGGCCGACUUUGGCACCAACUACCAGUUGCCUUCUCUGGACUACGCCAUCAACCACUGCAGCCAGCCCGACGUGGCCAUGUUCGACUUCACCUGCAUGUACGCCUCGGAGAACGCAGCUCUGGUCAGGGAGAAGUACGGACACCAGCUACUGGUGUCUCUGGUGGGGGACAGUCUACUGGAGCCCUUCUGGCCCAUGGGGACUGGCUGUGCUAGAGGGUUCCUGGCUGCCUUUGACACAGUGUGGAUGGUGAGGGGCUGGGCGCAGGGCAAGACCCCCCUGGAGAUCCUGGCAGAAAGGGAGAGUCUCUACAGGCUAUUACCCCAAACAACGACAGAGAACAUCUCAAAGAACUUUGAGCAGUACACCAUCGACCCAGUGACACGGUACCCCAACCUCAACUCCAGCUGUGUCAAGCCACAUCAGGUGUGUCACCUGUUCAUAGACGGGCAGCAGGACUCCUGUCCUCUGGAACGACGUGGACCCACGCAUAGAUCUGUCAGUCUCUCCAGACGAGAGUCGGACAUCCAGCCAAGCCGCCUCCUCACCUGGUGUCAGAAGCAGACUCGGGGGUAUAGAGGCGUGGACGUCACCAACCUCACCUCCUCCUGGAAGAGUGGCCUGGCGCUCUGUGCUCUUAUACACCGCAUCCGGCCUGACCUCAUUGACUUUGACUGCCUGAAUGAGGAGGACUCUGCCAAGAACAACCAACUGGCCUUUGACAUAGCAGAGCGUGAGUUUGGGAUCCAGCCCAUGACCACGGGGAAGGAGAUGGCUCUGGACCAGGACCCAGACAAGCUGAUGAUGGUGCUGUACAUCUCCAAGGUUUACGAGAUGUUCCGCAACUCACCUGCAGCCAUCACUGGUACAAGGGAAACGGAUGAGAACAAUGAGGACUCUUCAUCAGAGUCUGCAAACUCAGUUUACAACUUAAUGAACCAAACACAGCCAAGAAAGAGGAUCCCAAAGGAGGACAAGAAGUUGGAGGAAAAGGACCCAAUGAGCAAAAGACGACGAAAGGGCAGCAACUACUUAGAGGAGUUGUCCUGUCAGAGUGCCCCCCCUGCAGGCGAGGGCGGGGAGCAGAAUAAGGUGCGCUCCAUGGCCACCCAGCUGCUGGCCAAGAUUGAGGAGAAUGGGGCACCCGGCGGUGCCCUGCGCAAGAAGUCUGAUUGGGACUCUGAUUCAAGCCGUCCUUCAUCUCCUUCUCUGGAUAUGACGGAGAACCCUCGCUUCGCUAAGCCCAAGGAACAGCCCCCUCCUCCACCCACACGCCCCAAGUGGCAGCCAUCCAUCUAUAUGCGACUCUUAGAAGAGCCUGCAGCUGUGGCGCAACCCACUCCCCUGUACGUACCCACAAGGUCCUGGAGUCCUCCACAGGAUGAUCAAACACAUGCCUCUCCGCGCGCAGAGUUCGUGCAGCAGAGAGUGUGGAUUCCACGCACCGAAACCCCAGACGAUGUAGAUUACCCAGAACACCCCUCUCCUGACCCGACAGGGAUGGGCCAGCACAUAGAGAAGCUGGGGGACAAGAUGAACCAGACAAAAGUGCAAACCGUAACGACUAGGGAGUUUAACAGAAUGAGUAUAAAGGAGAGGGCUGUGCUCCUGCGUUCUAUGUUCCCUGGGUCCAAGACUCCUCAAGUGAAAGAGUAUAAGCCAGAUCUAUCAACCUCUGCUCAGGACCCCUCUGCCUCUGUCCCUAAAAGCACUUCAAUCCAACCUGUCCAUGAACCCUCUGCUCUUUCCUACUUCUCUUCUCUUACCCCAACAUCUCCUGUGCACCAUGACAAGUGCAAUGAGAGUGCUGCACCAAGUAGAAUGAUUCAAAAAACAAUUGUUCGAUCUGAAAGCUGUCCAGCUGAGCCCUCUAAGCCUGCCAGACAGCGGACAGUUGGGAAGGUAUCCUCUCGCAUAGGUGCUAGGGCUGAAACUCUAGCCAUCCUCUAUGAAACUGACCACAGGCCUAAUGCCUCGCCGUGUGUUGGAAGGAAGGAGUUCCCUCAGAACCUGGGAGGCAGUGACAUGUGUCACUUCUGCUCCAAGCGUGUGUACGUGAUGGAGCGUCUCAGCGCUGAGGGCCACUUCUUCCACAGGGAGUGUUUCCGCUGUGACAUCUGCAGCUCCACACUACGCCUGGGAGGACACGCCUACAACUCCCAACAGGGCAAGUUUUAUUGCAAGCUUCACUAUUCUCAGCGCCAACCCAGCCUUCAAAAUUCAAGCAAGUUCCAGAGGAGAACGGAGGACCAGGGACAUCUGACCUCUUUGCCGGACGGGAGUGACCCCUACUCGGCCACGGGCAGCCUGCAGAGCCAGCCCUCAGGACGUCACUACAGAUACACAGGCCUGAUGAAUGGACUGUACACCCGCACGGUGCCUGAGGUGGCCAAGGACGCAGUGGACCUGGACAUGCCUGACUCCAACAAGACUGCUGACUCUAAGAAACGGGACCACUCAGAUACAUCUCUCAAACCACAAGAUUCUGCACAGGAGAAGAAAGAACAUUCCAGUACCAAGUCAUCCCUCCCAUCUGGGAACAGCAGAUGGAAGAGGAUGAUCCGUGCUACUCUCCCUCUCAUCCUGGUGAGGCACUUCCCUCGUGAAAAAGCUGCAGAAAAAGAGGAGCCCACCAUUGAAGAGGCCAACUCUGAUUUUGAGGAGAUUGAACCACCGCAGGUCUCCCAUGAUGGUCCUAAACCACCUGCAGAUUCUCAGAAUCAGAAUCCAUCAAUGGGUAAAGAAGAGUGCCCUGUCACAAAAGUGCCCCAGCUGGAGGAAGCAGUCGGCCGUAAGAAGAGGCUGACCCUGUCCCUGUCUGAGAGAGAGAAACUCCUGGACUGGAACCUGGCUACUCCAGAGGAGGCCCGAGGCCCUGGAGGAGGAGAUCCUUCCAGACACCCCAAACCUGGGGACCAGAUCCCCCCUAAGGACCUAUUGCCUCAGGUAGAGCAAGAAGCAGAACCAGUCCCAACUCAGCCCCAGCCGGCACCGUCCGCAUUCCAGGUGUGGGCCAAUGCUUUCAGGAGGUCUUUUGGAGUAUCAGGGACAACAACAGACUCCAACACUGUUGUCACCAGGAGGAACAACAACGGUCCCACCAAGCCUAGGCCUCUGUCUGACGGAGCCUUCAGCUUUAGCUCCCUGUUUGGGGAUACCACCCAAAGCCAGGAGGCCAAACCAGUGGAAGUGGGGCAGAAGAGCCAGCCGACCCCACACCCACUCAAGGCCUCCGUGGGAGACAGACCCUCAGACCUGCCUACGCUACUGGAGCAGGUGUCCCUAGGUAGCAACAAGUCUGUAGGAUCCUUCACCACAGACGACAUAGCCUCACUGCCGCCCAGGAAGCUCAACUUCUUCUCCUCCCUGAGGCUGAAGAAGCGAGGGGGACCGGAGAGCGUGGGAGUGGGGGGUCAGGAGAAGGACAUCAGGACCAUCCUGUCCAACAUCAGGAACAAAGCCUCAAGCAAACAGCAGAAGGAUGAGUCGGACUCCUCAAGUGACGAUGAGCACGUCCCAGCCAAACAGAAGUUCCAUGGGAGCUCGGAGAGACAGAGGAGGAGACGGGAGAAGACUGUGAUUCAACAGGCCAAGAGAGAGCAGCUGAAGAGGCUCCACAGAGCCCAGGUCAUCCAAAGGCAGCUGGAGGAAGUGGGGGAGAAGCAGAGAGACCUGGAGGAGAGAGGGGUGACCAUUGAGAAGGUCCUUCGGGGCGAAGCCCAUGACAAAGGUGAUGGUCUCUCUGAUGAGCACGAGCUCCUUCAAAUGUGGUUCAAGCUGGUCCUGGAGAAGAACAAACUGGCACGCUACGAGGAAGAGCUAGUCAUAUUUGCUCAGGAACUCGAGCUGGAGGACAGACAGAGUCAACUACAGACAGAUCUACGAUGCAGGAUGUCCAUAGACGACUCCAGGAAGAGCUCUAGUGAGCUGGCGGAGGAGCAGCAGAUGCUGACAGAGAUCAUGAAGGUGGUGGAGAGGAGAGACACUCUGGUCAGCCUGCUGGAGGAGCAGCGGGUGCAGGAGAGGGCUGAGGACAGAGACCUGGAGAGCCUGGUGCUGUCUAGGGGCUACCAAUUCCACUGGACCUGAGGAGGAGCAGCCCUCUGGGGCAAGGAAAAGGA